UUUCACGAAUGUUUAUGGUGGAUACCAAAUUCUUCUCCUCAUUUUGGACACACUUUUCAUCAAAAUUCAGGGGUCAAGUAAACUCAUAUAGCAUUCUGAGGUACAAGCAGUCUGUAACUGCUGAAGGACAAUGAAGCGCCAUGAAAAGGAUGACUAUGAUGAUGACUUUGAAUCAGAAGGGGAAAAUGAUGUUAUAGUGGUCAAAACAAAGAAGAAGCCAAGAGCAGUGUCAGCAACUGCUGGGAGGAUGCAAUCUGGGCGGAAGUCUGCCACCUUGCCUGCCAGGAAGUCAGGGUCGGGGGUAAACAAGGCCAGGGCCUCGGGAAGUCGAAAGUCACCAAGAGAACUGUGGCUCAGUUCAGUCAAAAAUGGAGGUGGUGGUCUUUCAACUGGUAGGAAGCUCGGUUCAUCUGGUAACCGAACCUCCAUGGAUUACUGGAUGGAUGCUCUUAGGAAAACUGGUGAAGGCCGCAGCACCAACAGUACCAGGAUGAACACUUUUAGUGGACAGCGGCCUGAGCAUGCCGACAUGCCUUACAUGAGCACAAGCCAUUAUCUGCGUCAGAUGGUUGGCGGUGAGAAGGGGAAAAAGUCUGCUGGCGACUCCCCAGGAGGUAAAGGUCCUGGACGGCGGCCUGCAUACAAAUCUCAAGAAGAAUAUUACGAUGAAAUCCUUGAUCUCAAGAAACACAUCGUCACCGUCAACAAUGAGAAUACUCACAUGAAAUCCAAGUUACGGAGAGUAGAAGAAGACAAUGCCAAGAAGGAUAAGGAAAUUGAGCAGUUACUCAAUCCUAGCAAGAGUGAAGACUUGAGGAGAACUCUUGGCGAUAGGAAACCAGACAGUGGAGCAGUAAUCCACAGUCUAAAGCAGAAAGUUCUCAAACUUGAACAGCAGUUGAAGGAAAAAGAGGCUGCUCAUAAAAAACUUCAGAGUGACAUCAAGGCAACAAAGAUAGAAGAAACAAAAAUCCAAGUUGAGGCAUUUUAUGCGGAAAUUGUACGGUUACAGUCAAUGGCUCCCUCAAAGUCUUCCUCCUCGAGUAAACCACAAACGAAGGAUACCAGUGUCAAAUUGAAAGCAUUGAAUGAGACUGUGCUACGACUUAAUGAGUCCAACAGCCGAUUACAACUAGAAAAUAAAGCACUGAAGGAAGAUCUGUCGCGGCAGUUGGAGCAGACGUCAAAGGAAAAGGAACAAGUAGCGCAGGGGUAUAGAGAUAUGAACAAGAGGGAGUUAAUGGGAGCCAUUACAAAGCUUGAGAAGAGGCUUGAAAAGGCAGAAGGUGACACUGUUUCCAUUUUGUCCGGCCUUGAAAGCAGGCAGGGUGAUCAUCAAGGCAAAAUGGUUCUUGAGGGCAGUGUAGCGCAGCGCCUUGACCAACUCGACAAACGUGAGACUGAACUCCUGGAGGAAAAUGAAAAACUGGGUUCGACGGUCAAAAAGUUGAAGGAGGACAAGAAUCAUUACAAAAGAAGAAGUGAUGAGAAAGACAAAGAAAUCAAAGCUUUGAGGAAGGAAGUAGAAGAUCUCCGAUCACAGUUGGAAGCUGCCUACGCUGAUCCUGAUAGGACUGGAAGAAAGGCUCAUAAAUCUCCACAGAAGCGGCCAACAAGCAGUUCCCGAGCAUCAACAACAGGAAGUGUUGAGACGGUAGCCCGUGCCAGACGCAUGUCAGAUGAGAGCGUUGGAUCACGCCGGUCACACCGUCAGUCACCUGACAUCAUCGCCCAACGGAGGCGGGAAGCUGACGAUGAGGCUGAUCGACAGCAGCGGAUAGAAGAGUUUGAGAAGAAGAGAGCAGCCAAGGCAAUACAGCGAAGCUGGAAGGGUCAUAAGAAAACAAAGGAUGAGCAGGAAGAGCAACAACAGCAUCAACGAAAGGUCGAAGAAUUCACCAGUAAUCAUGCAGCGCGCCAAAUUCAGAAACAGUGGCGUGGACACCAGGAGUCUGAUGCUACAACACUCAUCCAGUCGACACUCAGAGGCCAUAAAACUCGUAAGGAUCAGCUAAGAAAUCUCCAGUUUGCAGGAGACUCUGAUGACACGGAGGAGAUUGACGAUGCUGCAGUGUUGAUACAGUCUGCGUACCGAGGACAUAACACUCGCAAGGGACAGUUAAAGAGAACUAGCUCUCCCAUUAGUUCAAAAGGAAGCCGUCCAAGUAGUGCCAAAAGGGGAGGAUCAAGUGUCCCUGCUUUAGACUCAGAAGGAGAGAGCAUAGAUGAUGACUCGACCUACUCAGGAAGCUUAAUGUCUUCUGCCAGAAGUUAUCCAUCGAAGUCUGCAUCAAGGGGGAGACCUACAUCACCUAAACCGGGAGUUCGAACGAGUCCUUUCAGAAGAUCUCCAGCACUUCUCAAAGACAACGAUGAUGACGACGAUGACGACGAUGACAUCAUAUUCUAAUGACUAUUAGCGUGCAUAAUCUCUCUCGGCGGCAUUCAUGCAUAUCAAACUUUAUACUGUUGCUUGACAUCAGCAUGAAACUUUAGGAUAACCGGCUACAAUCUGCCUUCCAAUGAUCCUUGUCCAUCCAAACUGGUCACUUUCCCGACUGUGUCGAGGCACUGUCCCCAACUUGAUUUGGAGCAAAAUGCAUAGUUCAGAUCUCAAUGUUUUUCAAACAGUGCCUUGCUUGCAAUUUUUGAUAAUUUAUGAUGUAUCAUCCAUAAAACCUGUCAUAAGUGCCUUUUGCCAUAGUAUGGGGUUCUACAUAUCAAUUUUCAUCAAUAUUUUGUGACAGGCUCACAUUGUUGAACUAAUUUUUUAAGUUAAAUGUGAUCUUGUCGACAUUAUACAUUGAAAAUUCUUUCAAUAAUAAAUCAUUGUUAAGCGAGUGGGUCUCAUUUGUUGUAUUAACCAGUUAUAAGCUGUCCUGUCAAUCCAACUUUUAAAUGUUAAAAUCAUUGAACCAGUGCAAACCAUAUCAUGUAAUUCAUUCAGAUAUCAAGUGCUCUUAAGUGGAUGAAUAAUAAAUGUAUCAGCAUCACUUUUGAUAUUUUUAUAGAUGUAGAUGGGCUGUAUAGAUGACUGUAUGUAGUUUGGCACAGUAGUGAUAGAAAGUAGCCUAGUUUAUUUUUCAAAAUGUGCUGUGAUGUCCCCCCCCCCUUCCCUCUCAAUAUAUCUAAACCUUUCUCCUGUCAUUUCUGUAUAGAAUCUAUCUCAAAACAAAAAUAAUGAUGAUGCAAUGUAUUUAAGAACUUUUUAAUCUCGGGAUUAUUCAGUAUAUUUUAAAUGACUUGAGUCUACUGAAAGCCGUAAUUGUAGUGCCUUUAUAUCUAUUACAUAGAGUAGUGUGUCUGUAAGCCUUCUCAAAUCUGUAUUACAUGUAUUGCUAUCAUAUGAAUUUGCCCAGGUACAGUAGGGAACCCACAUCUGUAAUUUUAGGGUUCUCAGGUGUGAUCAUGCUAUUUCCUUUCUGAUGAUACUUUCUUUUCAAUGUUUGGAGAUAAUGACUGUGGAAAAAGUAGAAAGAAAAGUAAUGGAAAUGAUUGGUCUUAUCACUAUCAUAUCAUUUUCACAUCAGUCCACUAGAAUAUAAAACCGGCUAUUUUCACAAUUAAAAGCUGAGAAAAUGGUUAUGAAGUUCAUAUUAAUUUCAGAUACAGUUGCAUAUCCAGAAUGCCUAAAAUACUUGAAUGACAAAUAAGGUCGAGGUGUCUUAGUGAAUCCUCUUCUAUUAGGUUAUUUAUUGUGUUGUAGAUUGUGAAAUAAUUUUUAUUGUAUACAUUAGUAAUAUAUUUUUACAUUCAGAUUAUUGUAUAUACUUGUACAUAGUCAGUUAUGAUAUCGAUAAAUAAACAAGUUUA